AUUCAAUUCACUUCCACCCAAUCCUCUUCACACGAACAACGCUGUGUUGCCAACCCCGCACAAACCAGCCUCCAAUUCUACCCUCUCAAUUCUAUUCCACCAUGACCACGGCGCCCCCCGAAGACAUCCUAGCUCACGUGCAGGGCGUGCGCACGCGCAUCCAGAACAACAGCCCCAUCUACGCCUUCCUGCUUGACGAGGCCGUCAUCUACGCGGCCGAGACGGGGGUGAUCCGCGCGACGAUACGCGUGAACAAGAAACAGAUCAAUUCCAAGGGCACGCUGCACGGCACCUUCUCGGCGUGUGUGCUGGACUGGGCCGGCGGGCUAGCGAUCGCUACCCACGGGCUGCAGUCGACGGGGCUGAGCACAGACAUGCAUAUCUCGUACGUGAGCACCGCUAAGGAAGGCGAGGAGCUGGAAAUCGAGGGCCGGACGAGUCGCGUGGGCCGUACGCUGGGCUUCACUACUGUUGUGAUUUCGAAGAGGAAGGAGAAUGGCGAGUUGGCGGUCGUGGCGCAGGGAUCGCAUACCAAGUAUAUUGUGCGGUGAUUGUUGGCGGGGCUUAUGCGGCGGAUAUGUUGUGUGUGUAUACAGAAUCAUUGAAAAUAUAGUUUGAGAGCGAGUCCCUUGUAAAUCAAGUUGGUA